AUGAUGUUAAUGUUUCUUAGACAACUUUCAAUUUUUUAUCAAUCUGACAUGGUACCAAUUUCAAUCAAUUUUAAUCAAUCUGGUCUAGAUUGGAAUAUUCCAUUAGAUAAUAUCGAAUCAACAUCAGAUGAUUCAACAUUAAAUUUAAGUUAUCGAGUACAUGGAUUCUAUUAUGCAUGGUAUGAUGCUCCACAAAAAUUAUCAAAUCAAAAUUCAUUGAAUAAUAAUAAUAAUAAUAAUAAUAAUAAUAAUAAUAAUAACUGGACACAUUGGAAUCAUCGACGCUUAAAACAUUGGAAUGCUAAAGUUGCUAUUGGUUAUUCAACGGAACCUCAUUAUCCACCAUAUUUAUUAGCAUCAUCUUUUUAUCCAAAAUUAGGUCCAUAUUCAUCAAAAGAUUUGAAUAUUAUUCAUAUUCAUAUGAAAAUGAUUAGAUUUGCUGGAAUUGGUGUCUUAGUUGUGUCAUGGUAUCCAAAGGGUAUGUCAGAUGAUAACGGAAAACCUGUGGAUGAUAUAAUAUUCCCACUAUUAAACAUAGCUAAUAAAUAUAGUAUAAAAAUUUGUUUACAUUUGGAACCAUAUAAAAAUCGUAAUAUCAGUACAAUUGUUUCAGAUUUAAAGUAUAUUUAUGAUAAAGGAUACACUUCUCAUCCAGCUUAUUAUCAUAUUUCUACUAAUCAAUAUGAUGAUGAUCAUGAUAGUAAAUUAUUACCAGUAGUAUAUGUGUAUGAUUCUUAUAUAAUAAAACCAUCAGAAUGGAAGAAAAUUCUUCAACCAAAUGAUAAAGAAACAACUAUACGAAAUAAAAAGUAUAAUGUAUAUAUAAUUGGUUUAUUACUUGAAACUAAUGAUUGUAGAAUAUUGUAUGAAUCAGGAUUUAAUGGUGGUUAUACAUAUUUUGUUGGUCAUGGAAUAUCAAAAGCCAGUUCACCAGAUACAUGGUAUGAUAUAUCAAAAGAAUGUCAAAUAUAUAAUUUAUCAUUUUAUCCAAGUAUUGGUCCAGGUUAUGAUGAUCUAUCUAUACGUCCAUGGAAUAUUGGUACUAUUAAAUUACGUCAAUUUGGUAUAACAUAUAUUGAAUUAUUUUCUAAAAUAUAUUCUAUUCAAUCAACUGGUUUAACUAUUGUAUCAUUUAAUGAAUGGCAUGAAGGUACACAAAUUGAAUCAGCAAUACCAUUCAAAUGGAUUAAUUAUUUAAAACAAUUUAAAAUUUAUAUGAAUUAUUUACCAUAUUCACCAGAAUUUUAUUUACGUUUAACACGUUUAAUUAUAAAUAAAUAUGAAAAUUUUAAUUGUUUACCAAAUAAAUUUAAUGAAACUAAUAAUAAUGAAUUACAAUGGUUAUAUACAUUAAUAAACAAGACUAG